AUGUCCAGUUCCAGGGGAGCACGAGGACGCAUUCCCCGGCCUCCUAGUUCCCGAGCCUCAACUGCCGGGGCCGGCGCCGAAAUCACACUUUUCUCUGACGAGCUUUUUUCUCGUCCCCAAUGGGCGACUGCAUUGAGCGGUGCAAGUGCUCCGCGGGGCAAUCCUGCUCGUCAAAAAUCUGACAUUGCAGAACCCCAGGUUAUUGAUGAGGAGGUUUUGAAGAAUGGCGUCGUGGCCGACGGCUCACAAGGCACAGAGGAGCCAACGGAGCCUAAAGACUUCGCGACGGUUCAGAGUCUGUCUUUGAGUUACAAGAAUAUCAUGUUUAUCGAAAAUCUCGAGACCUUUACAGGUUUGACCACCCUGCGACUCGACAACAACGUCAUCGAGACGAUUGAGAAUCUGAGUCAUCUGGUGAAUCUUGUUUGGUUGGAUCUGUCCUUUAACAACAUUUCGGAAAUCAGUGGUCUGUCAAAUCUCGCAAAUCUAACCGACCUUUCACUGUACUCCAACAAGAUUUCAAAAAUCGGCACGGGUCUCGAAGGAUGUCCUAAACUAAACGUGCUGUCGCUAGGAAAGAACGCCAUCUUGGAUUUAUCAGAAAUUCACAACCUGCGCAGGCAUCCAAACUUGCAGUGUUUGAACCUGGACGGAAAUCCGCUUUGCAAGGCAGAAAACUACACGCCGUACAUCCUCGCGUUCCUCCCGAAACUUCGAUACCUCGAUUACCAACUCAUUGACCGCAGGAAAAUCGUUGCGGUUCAAGAAUCCGUCCAGCCGGAGGAACUCACAGACAUGAAAAAGCAAGAGAGCGUCGAAGCUGCUUUAGCCGAACAACGGAAGAAACGUGCAAAAACUACGGAGCACCUUGCGGCUAAUUUCUGUGCAUUCCUCGAUGACGUCGCCAAUCGCUUCUUCGGCGAGUCCGUCAUCCCCGCCCCGGUCACUGUCCUCAAGGAUUUCCCGUUGCUAAGGGAUGCCUUUUUGGAAAAGUUAGAAAUCCUGACAACAAAUCUCAGGCAAACCUUCGAGCAGCAAAAUCGGCGACGGCGACAGCGCGUCGCUGCAUAUGAGGAAGCAGUCCAACGGGCCGUCCUCGAGAGUGAGGGCGAGGCCCGAACGUUACUGAGACAAAUGCAAAGCAGAAAGAAGAAAGUCGAGAAAGAGCUGGAACGAUAUUUUGACGAGAGGCGCGAGAUCCUCGAUCGGAUAUCCGUGACGAACGCCCAACCGACAAAGUUUCUCUUGACCUCGAUAUCUCCUGGGCAAAACGACGACUCGACGCGCCUCGCGUGCGACGAGGACUUCCAGCGGCUGGUGAACUCUCGCGCGCCUCAGCUGUACGCGGCGGUUGCAAACUUCGUAGGGGACGUGGACAAGCUGAGAUUUCACUUAAUGGGUUGCGAGGCGACGCUGCAAGAAAGUUUGGAAGAGAGUGUGGACACACUCGAGGCUGCCGUGGACUCGACAAUGAAGCAGCUGCUCGAUCGGGGUACCGACUUUUUCCGAAACGUUGAGGAAGCGGAAAAGACGUUCAGCAGCAGUCUCACGGAACUGGCAACUGCCGAACUGGAAGCCUUUCCCGCUGUCAUGGACGAAGAAACAAAUGAUCUGCGCGUGAAAUACCUCGGAAAAAAAGAUGAAGUCUUAAACGCAUGCAGCGCGCUGCUGGAGGUGCAUCUGCAGCUCUUGAUGUUUAUGGAAGACAGCAUGCAGACCGGCAUGAGUGCGUGGCAGCGACACUACUUCGAGAACGAACGCCAGUCGCAGUAUGAACGCCAUCGGAGACACAUCGAAGAGAUUCACCGGGCAACUGAGGACUUGACGGCCAAAGUGCUGCACUACCAGAAACGCCUGAGUCGCGACCGAGAAGACACCCGACGCAGUGCCGGCGGCACUGAGAGCGGCGAGGAUGCACCUGUCGCCUCACAUUUAGGCAAAGAUGAAAAAGCCUCAGACGCUGCAGAAAGCGACAGCCACUCCGAAUCUGAGACGGAGUCAUGA